AUGGAGUCAAAUUUGACGUCGAGUUUCCUGAAAAUUAGUGAUACAGUAGCAUUAUAUGCUGAAGGCACUGUUUGUGGAUUUAUUAGCACACUUGGGCUUGUCGAUGAUCGAUGUGUUGUACAACCUGACGCCGGUGAUUUACAAAAACCGCCAAAGAAGUUUCGAGAUUGUCUAUUCCGUAUUUGUCCGAGUCAUCGAUAUAGUGCUCAAACUCAAUAUUGGAAUGCAUUAAAAAGUCCAAAUAGUGUACGAGAUUUAAAAAAAUUACAACUUGCUGCUGAUACAGAAAAACGUCAAAAUGAAGAAGAAAGUCGAAAACAGACUGGUACUAUCAUAAAAUAUGGCGAUACUGUCGUACAAUUACUUCAUAUAAAGAGUAAUAAAUAUUUAACCGUGAACAAACGUUUACCAGCAUUUUUGGAAAAAAAUGCCAUGCGCGUAUCUCUCGAUAAUAGUGGUACUGAAGGUUCAUGGUUUCAAAUCGAACCUUAUUAUAAACUACGAGCUAAAGGCGAACGUGUUGUAGUAGGUGAUAAAGUCGUGUUGAUGCCGUACAGUGGUGGGCAACCGUUGCAUGUCAGCGAACUAGAACUACCGGAUCAUCCUGGCUCCAAAGAAGUCAAUUGCCAUUCGUAUCCUUCCGUAAAUUCUCAUCUUCAAACAAGUUGGAAAAUCGUUUUAUUUAUGUCAUGUCGCGAAGCUACAAAUGAAGUACUCAAAAGUGGUGAUAUUGUUCGUUUAUUUCAUGCUGAACAAGAAAAAUUUCUCACAUGUGAUAAUUACCGGAAAAAAAGUGUCGUGUUUUUACGCGCCACUGGUCGCGCAUCAGCAACGUCGGCAACAUCAUCGAAUGCCUUAUGGGAAAUCGAAGUCGUUCAACAAGAUCCGUGUCGUGGUGGUAUCGGUCAAUGGAGUUCAUUAUUUCGUUUUAAACAUUUGGCGACAGGACAAUAUUUAGCAGCUGAAGUCGAUAAUGAUCAAACAUUUGAUGCAACACGACAAAAGUUACGUGGUCCACCAGGUACACCUGUUUUUGCUCUUGUUCCUAUUCCGCAUGGUUACGAUAUAUCAUCGAUAUUUGAACUCGAUCCAACAACAAUAACACGUAAUGAAGAAGCUGUACCAUGGGGCUCAUAUGUACGUUUACAACACAUAUGCACGAGUACAUGGGUACAUUCGACGAAUAUUAAAUUAGAUCCCGAUGAUGAUAAUGUACGAUUUAAAAUUGGUUGUGCAUUAACUAAAGAAGAUCGAGAAGCAUUUCAAAUAGUACAUGUUACACCAGAUGAAGUACGAGAUUUAGAUUUUGCUAAUGAUGCUGCACAACAUCUGGAUAUAACUGUAUCGAAAUGGGAAAAACAUGGACUUGCGAAUGUAAAUGCAAAUGAUCGAAAGCAAGUAAUAUCACUGUUAACUGAUAUCGUAUACUUCCUUGCCUGCCAAGAAAACAAUGGUACUGAUCCAUUUGAUGUACAAAUCUUAAAACCAAAUCGCGAACGACAAAAAUUAAUACGUGAACAGAACAUUCUAAAACAAUUGUUUCGUAUUCUUCGAGUAUUAAAACCUCGUCUAGAACAAGAACGUUCAAAUGUAAAUGCAGCAAAUCUUGCACAUGCACGUUCAGAUUCUCACUUUCAUCAAUAUCAAGUUCAAACAUCAUCAAGUAAUGAUUCAUAUCCAAUAUCACAACAGCAAGAGGCUGAUGUACGAUAUUCAACAGUAUUUUAUCAAAUUAAAAGUAUAUGUCGUCAUUGCUAUCGUACACUUAAACAUUGUCAACAGGAAUAUAGAAAAAAUCAGGAGACAAUUGCAAAAGAAUUUUCUUUUAUGCAAUCUCAAAUCGGCUUUGAUAUUCUGGCUGAAGAUACAAUCACAGCUCUACUUCAUAAUAAUAAAAAACUAUUAGAAAAACAUAUUACUGAAAAAGAAAUUGAUACUUUCGUCAAAUUGUUAAGAGAAAAACGAGAUUGCAAGUUUCUUGAAUAUUUAUCGGAUUUAUGUGUAUCAAGUAAUCAAGCUAUAGCACGAACACAAGAAAUGAUAUGUAAAUCUGUAUUAGAAAAAAAUUCUGAUAUUUUAAUACGAACAAAGCUUGAAGUGAAAGGAUGUGUUGAAGAUAUGAUAUUAGAUGAUAAUACCGGUCCACCGAUAGGCUUUUCCAAUCAAAAUAUUUUACGUGAAGUCAUAUUGACGUGGGAUGGGAAAUCGGAAUCAAUUGAAUUUAUGGCUGGCGUAGUGCGAGAUCAACCAGCACAUCCCAGGCGAGAAGAAUUUCGCAAUAUUUUGGAAUAUUAUAGAUAUCAACUCAAUUUAUUUUCGCACAUGUGCUUCGAUCGACAGUAUUUAGCUAUAGAUAAUUUAUCAUUAGAAUUAUCAAUUGAAUUAAUAUUAACAUGUACAAAGAGUGAAAAUCUUCCAGCUGAUUUACGUGCAGGAUUUUGUCGUUUAAUGAUACAUAUGCAUGUCAAUCGUGAUCCACAAGAAGAAGUAACACGUAUUAAAUAUGCUCGAUUAUGGAAUCAAGUUAAACCUGCUAUUUCAUUGAACGAAUAUGAUCAAACAAUUAGUGGUUCGCUUGAGCCAACAGAGAAAAAUGAAAAUCGACCAAAAUUCGAGGCAACAAUGAAGUUCGUUGAAGAUUAUCUUAAAACUGUGGUUGAACAACCAAACUCUUUUGCUGAUCGUGAACAAAAUAAAUUAACGCACGAAGUUGUCAAUUUAGCUCGUCGUUUAAUAUUUUUUGGUUUUUAUAGUUUCGAAGAUUUACUUAAAUUAACACAAACAUUACUCGGUAUUCUUGAUACAAGUAAAGUUUUAUCAUCAACUGAUCGUCAUUCGAAUCCUGAACAAGUAGUAGCUAUUGUAGCAAAUGCAAAAUCACAAAAAUAUGAUCAUGUUCUUCCAACAACAGCUCCGUUCAAUGUUAAUGAUGCUGUCGCUGAUCAACAAUCAGAUGUACUUGAUAAUUUAGCUUAUGAAACAAAAAUGAAUGUUAUUGCUAUUCUUGAAUUCAUUCUUGAUAUUCGUCUUGAUUUUCGUAUUUCACGUCUCAUAUCAAUAUUUAAAAAAAAAUAUGAUCGUCUUGAACCAUCAACUCAUGGAAUUGCAGCAGACUUGCAAACAGCUGAUAUUGAAUGUAUAUUUGAUUCUAAUUUAGUAUCAAUAACUGAACCGAACCUGGAUUUGGAUGAUACGAAAGGAAAAACGUUUCUUAAAGUUUUACUUAAUUUAAUAAUGCAUGACUAUCAACCAUUAGUAUCACGUGCAUUAUCUUUAUUAUUUCGUCAUUUUAAUCAGCGGAAAGAAACAUUACAACAUUUAAAUCAAGUUCAAUUACUUGUUAGUGAAACAGACAUUAAAAAUUAUAAACAAAUUAAAAUCGAUCUUGAUCAAUUACGAUUAUUUGUUGAAAAAUCUGAAUUAUGGGUUUAUAAAAAAGGAAAAGACGGACUAUUAUCAGCGUCUAGUGUCAACGACGGUACUCUUGAUCAAGACGAUAGAAAAGAUGAAGAAUUUGAAAUCAAGAAAUUAGCUACAUCAUCCGGUUUAAGCGAUGCUGAAUUCGAUUUAAAUGGUCCAAAUGUUAGUGAAGAAUCUGCAUAUCGAUAUACAUCAAUAUUCCAGAUUCUUCGUCGUAUGAUGAAAUUAUGUGUCGUUGAGGGUGCUGAUGGUAAUAUGUAUGCUCGAGAAAAUGAACAACGUUUAUUAAGAAAUAUGGAUGUACAUGUAGUUGUACUUGAUUUAUUAAAAAUUCCAUAUGAUAAAGUUGAAGAUACUCGAAUGAAUCAUAUUAUGAAAUUAGCACAUAAUCUUUUACAAUAUUUUUGUUUUAAUAAUCCAACAAAUCAAGCAAAAUUAUAUGAACUCUAUUUUAAUGAUUAUCAGCAAAUAUCUGAAGAACAAGAAGUUGAAACGUGUUGUUAUAUUUUUAUGAAUAAUGUUCAAUUAUGUAGAACAAUAACUGAAAAACAUGUCCAACAUUUUGUCCAUUUAAUUGAAUUGCAUGGAAGAAAAGUUUUAUAUAUCAAAUUUUUGCAAACGGUUGUUAAAGCUGAAAAUCAAUAUAUUAGAAAUUGUCAAGAUGUUGUUAUGUCAGAAUUGGUUAGCUCCGAUGAAGUACUAAUGUUUUAUGAAAAAGGAAAUUUAUCAGAUCUUACCGAACGUAUGCAAUCGGAAACCGAACGAUCCGACCAAAAUUCUUUAUUAAAUUAUCAUGUACAACUCGUUCAUCUAUUAGCAAUGUGUACUGAAGGAAAAAAUGCAUCAACAGAAAUAAAAUGCCAUUCAUUAAUUGGCUUAGAUGAUAUUGUUUUAAUCGUUACACAUCCUGAUUGUAGUCCUGAAGUUAAAAAUGCAUAUAUUACCUUUUUAACGCAUUGUUAUAUUGAUACAGAAGUUGAAAUGAAAGAAAUUUAUAAUAGUCAACAUAUUUAUACUUUAAUUGAAAAUUCGUUUUGUCCUGAUAUUGAAAAAUUGAUCACUAAACCAGCUGAACGUCGCAAUUUAGAAAAAUAUAUUUUAGACACUGUAACUGAUUUAAUCAAUCAAUUUUUCAAUUCACCAUAUUUUGAACAAUCUUCAUCAGUCCAGCAUCGCAAUACAACAGUUAUAUCAUUAUACAGCCAUCUAGCUCGAUUGCUAAGUGUAUCAUGGUUGACAACGGCUGAACGAGAACGUGUCGAUAGAUGUAUCCAUAUUUUAACAUUAAUUGCUGAUCGACGUGGUCUUGGCCAAAUGUUACGUUCAAGUAGUAAUGCGGCAGUUGAUAUAGCAGCUCGUUCCCGACGCGCAAGUCGUAGUGCAACAUCUGACCGGACGCAUACUAUUGACCCCGGUACAUUUAGUACAGCACAACGACGUGAUCAUUUAGAAGAUGUUGAACAUAAACGUGUUAUUGAUAAUUUUGUGGAUUUUCUUGCUCAAGUCAGCGCACGAGUUAAGCCCCUUGUUCAAGCUGAAGUUAGUGUACUUGUCGAUGUUAUUCGAGCACCACAUGCACUCUUUCCUGAAACCAGUGAAUCGCGUUCGAAAUUUCUCAGUGGAACAUUUGUACACAAACUAAUAAAUCAUACAACAAUGAUGUUAAUAAAGCACCAUGAAAGACAACUAAGUUUUCAUGUACUCAACCUCCUAACUGAUUAUGCUCGUACAAUGCAGCAUAAAGAGAUUCUCCAUUGGGAAUCUAAUCAUGAGGGACAAAAUUUACGGUUAAAACUACUGCGAAGGUAUUUUUCUGAUGACAAACAAUAUUUAAAGUCGCUUCAUCAACCAUUAAAAGAAGAAGAUGCUCUUGAUAGAUUAAGAAAAACACAAAAUGAAUUAAAUACACAAGGAGCUAGUGAUCUUGUUGUAGAAUUAUUUAUGAGCGAAUCACCAGUCAAUAUACUAGAAGAAAGCGUUAAUUUAGCUAUAGCAUUAUUAGAAGGUGGUAAUACAGAAGUUCAGACAAGCAUUUUUCGUCAUUUACAUGGAUGUGAAUCAGCAUCGGAGAAAUUCUUCCUAGUUUUUUACGAUAAAAUGUGUAUCGCUCAAAAAACAUUAAAAAGUAUGCCAUCAACGUCAUCAGAUACCAAUGAAUUUAAUCAUGACUUCGAUGAUUUAAUAUUUACGUCGAAAUCUGGUGCAAUAUCACCUUUAAUAAGUCCAACAGCAACUGAUCGUCAAAUAUCGUUGACAGGUGAUCGAGCUAUAUCUAAUGAUGAACGGGAACCAUUGCUUCCUGAAAGGCAAAUAUCGUUUAGUCCACCAGAUGAAAACACUUUUAAUUUUGAUCAACAAUCAACUAGUAGUGCAUCGGAACAAAAUGCUCUUGCUAUUCAUGAAUCACAUGAAGAACCACAAGCAUUACUUAUAACAUCAACUACUUACCAAGAACGACCACCGGAAGACGAAAUAACAACUCCAAUAGCAACAUCAUUCGAUCUGUUUGAUUUUCAAUCUCAAAAUCGUCGUCAUAAACUUCCAUUUGAAAUUCGUAUCAUGCAACCAAUAUUACGUUUUCUACAGUUACUCUGUGAAAAUCAUAACCCAGAAUUUCAGAAUUAUCUUCGAUUACAAGAUAGUAAUAAAACGAACUAUAAUCUUGUGUGUGAAACAUUGAAAUUUCUUGAUGCUAUCUGUGGUUCACAAACAGGCUUACUUGGAUUAUUAGGAAAUUAUAUUAAUGAAAAUAAUGUGGAAUUAAUAAAUCAAGCAUUAAAUACAUUAACUGAAUAUUGCCAAGGGCCAUGCCGAGAUAAUCAAGAUGCUAUUGUUAAUCACGAAUCCAAUGGCAUUGAUAUAAUCAUCGCUAUUGUAUUAAAUGAUAUAACGCCGUUAAAUCAAAAAAAUUACGAUCUUGUACUUGAAUUAAAAGAUAAUGCAUCAAAAUUACUUUUAGCUGUUAUGGAAAGUCGCGAUGAUAGUACAAAUGCUGAACGUAUCCUUAGAAAUAUUGUACCUGUUUCACAAUUGCUUGAUGUUGGUUGUGAAAUUUAUAUUCGUGGUAAACAACAAGAAAUACAAGAAAAAAGUGCACUAGAAACUGAGAACGAUGAACAACUGCAUGAAGAGGAAGGAAAUGAAAGUUCGGAUAAUGUUGCUCAGAGUGUGGGUCACAAUAUAUAUAUUCUUGCAUAUCAGCUUGCGCGUCAUAAUCGUGAACUUGAAGGACUAAUGCAAAAACGAACACUACAUGAUGAAGCGCUAUCCUAUUAUCAUAAACAUACAGCUGAAAUUGAAAUCAUUCGACAUGAUCGAUCAAUUGAACCAAUUGUUUUUCCUGUUCCACAAUUAUGUGAAUUUUUAACUGUUGAAAAAAAGCAAAAAGUCUUUUUGACAUGUGAACAAGAUGAACAAGGUUCAAAAGUCAAAGAUUUCUUUGAGAAAUUUCCAGAAAUAUUCGAAGAAAUGAAAUGGCAAAGAAAAUUACGCCAUCAACCAACAUUAUAUUGGUUUUCAUCUCAUAUGUCUUUAUGGAGUGAUAUAUCAUUUAAUUUUGCUGUUUUAAUCAAUAUACUCGUUGCUGUUUUCUAUCCAUUUAAUAAAGGUCUUAAAGAUCUUGAUCCUCGUGCUUCCGCAGCUAUAUGGAGUGCAUUAUUUAUUACCUUAGUUGCUAUCUUAAUAAGACCAAAUGUAGCAUCGAUGCGUAUGUUUUUUGUUGCCGGAAUUUUACGGUCAAUUUAUUCUGUUGGUCUUGGCCCUACUCUAUGGUUCAUGGGAGCAAUACAGGUGUUAAAUAAAGGUGUAUUUUUAGUUAGUUUUAUGGGCAAUAAUGGGACAUUUUCUAAAUCGCGCUAUGAAAAUUUGGCAAAUUUUGAGCUUGUUUAUCAUGUCGGAUAUUUAUUCCUUUGUGUACUUGGUUUAUGUGUUCAUGAAUUCUUCUACAGUUUAUUGUUACUCGAUGUUGUGUAUCGUGAAGAUACUCUAUGGAAUGUAAUUCAAUGUGUUGUACGCAAUGCUAAAUCAGUUAUAUUAACAGCUGUAUUUGCUGUUAUAAUCAUAUAUUUAUUUGCUAUAUGUGGCUAUUUAUUUAUCCAAGAUGAUUUUCUUAUGGAGUUACUUGAUAUGAUUUUUCGGGAUGCAACCUUAUUUCAAGUAACACAAUCAGUGACACGAAAUGGAAAAUCGAUUAUGUUAACAAUGAUGCUCGCACUUAUACUAAUUUAUCUUUUUUCUCUUGUGGGUUUUAUUUUUUUUCGUGAUGAUUUCUUAACAAAUAUUCAAACAAGAUUAUAUUCAUCAUAUCCCCAUCAUCGAUAUCGACGUUCAAAUAGCACUCUUAAAACAAUGACACUGACGCAUAUUCUUCAUCUUGUAUUUUUAGCUACAACCAUUCCAAGCAUAUUAAAUGAUGGAUAUUGUACUAAAGAUAAUUGUACUAAUGAUACAUUAGCAAAUAAUAUUCGUCAUGCAACUCAACCAUUAAAUGUAUUGUCAGAAGAAGCAGCAGAUGAAGAAGUUGAACGGUCUUGUGAUACGUUAUUUAUGUGUAUUGUUACAACACUCAACAAAGGCUUGCGAAAUGGUGGUGGUAUUGGUGAUGUUCUAAGGCAACCUUCUAGUCAGGAGCCACUCUACUUCUUCCGUGUUAUCUACGAUAUGAUGUUCUUCUUCAUCGUUAUAAUUAUAACACUUAAUUUAAUUUUUGGUGUUAUUAUCGAUAAUUUCGCUGAUUUACGUACUGAAAAACAACGAAAUGAUGAAAUUCUUCGCAAUACAUGUUUUAUUUGCGGACUCGAUCGUAAAUCGUUUGAUAAUAAGCAUGUUACAUUUGAAGAUCAUAUUCGUAAAGUUCAUAAUAUGUGGAAUUAUGUUUAUUUUAUGGUAUUAAUUAAUGUUAAAGAUUCAACAGAAUAUACUGGACCAGAAAGUUAUGUUCAUGAAAUGAUUGAGCAACGAAAUCUUGAUUGGUUCCCACGUAUGCGUACAAGUAGUUUAGAUAUUCAAGAAGACAAAAAUAAAGAAGAUCUAGAUAAUCGUAUAUUAAAAUAUCAAAUGGAAGAUGCUAAUAAAGCUAUAAAAUCAUUAACGAUGGAAUUGUCCGAAUUACAAAAAAUGGUAACCGACUCACGAGCACAAAAGCAUCGAAUGAAUUUUCUUCAAAAUCCAUCAAUGCCAACAUCAUUGAAUGCAUAA